AUGGAACGACAUGCCACGAUCCCGCUUAAACUCCCGAAGAGCAUGAUCGCAGAAUUCAGCGAAACCAUCGAUGUGGUCGACGCAGAUCGCAGUUGCAUGGUCAAGGGUGUCCUUCACCUGGGCAAGGAUCACACCAUCGCAGAGAAGAUAGCAGUGUCUCUAGCCAUGAUGUCCGCGGUUAAGCUGAACAACGUCGAGCUAACUAUCCGCCAGAAGAUCGUCGUCAGCAACGCCGAGCUCGACCGAUUGCGCCAAAGCAUGUCCAGGCGGAACCUGGACAAGCUGGCGGAACGCCUUUUUGAAUACCAAACCUUCGCGCACCACACCAGGUACUGGCUUAAUCUAGAGCACGACCUCCUUGAAAUCCCGGACUCGCUGUGGGAGGAGGACCACCUGAGGGCGCUGUUCCGCGCAACUCAGGCGGUGUUCGACAUGCCUCCCAGGCUCGAAAAGCUCAACCAUCGCAUUUCGUGGCAGCUGGAGUCCCUACAAUCGCACUCUGAAUUCGUGAGGCACAAACACUCCUCUCGGUUGGAGAAGAUCAUAAUCCUGGUCAUCACCUUCGAGCUUGCGCUGGGACUCACGCAGGCUCUGUACAAACUGGUGUGA